AUGGGACCAGUAUAUUUAUUGGCUGUUCAUAUCAAUCAGGAGGAGGCGUGGCUUGAGUCUUCCGGUCAUCCGUACGACGAUACGGACGAUGAAGAUUUUAUCGGCGGUGGUGGCGGUUCCGGAUCGGGCGUGCCAAUUGAAGACAUCGAGGACACUACAGUCUAUACGAUAGCACCUGUAAUCACCACAUUGGCGACGCCAUCAUCAACGCCAACGGUGGUGCACGUGGAACAAGCCACACAAUUAACACCAUCUCAUUGGUCCUGGAUUACCACGCUGGCCGUUCCAGUCACAUUAUUGCUUCUUCGCUGA